AUUGCGAGUCCACGUACUCGAAAUGCCGGAGGAGAGAAGAACCCAACAACAAACAAAGACAGAGAGAAAGCCACUGAGACUUGAAUUCAUACAAAACAAAACAAAAAUUGUUUGGAAACAAAAUUGGAAUUGAAUUUCCAGGAAGUCGCAUAACAAAAAGGGCGAUUCUACGAGAACCCAAAAGAGAUUUUCUGAUUUUCUCUCUCUCUGUCUCUCUCUCAAUCACAGUAGCGAAAACUUGGAAAGAAAAGAAAGACGGAAAAGGAAAAGAGAAAGAUACAUCGAACUUUCUACGCAUCCUUGUCCCCCUCACCGUUCUUAUCCUUUUCUGCUUCUUCUCUCUGUCUAUAAAUUGAUUGAUUGCCAUAAUAUAAUCUGUUCAACCCAUUUUGUGCUUUGCAUCAAAAGACCUGUUCUUGAUUCUCUCGCUCCGGGUCUGACUCUAAAGGAUUGUUUUACUUCAUGAUGUGGAUGCUUACAUGACUCGUCAAACGUUUUGUUCACACCCAUCUGUGUAUGUGUACGCCGCUGCGUGGGGCUCUGAUGUCAUGGCAUAUGGCUGCUGUGCCACUGAGUAUAACAUUUAGGAAAAAAAGAUUUUGACCUUUUCACAGUAGCAUGGCCUCACACUCAUUAGGGCAAUUUACAGAAGGGAAAGUGAGGAAUUCUCAAAGGGGGAAGAUGCCACUAACUGUGGACCUCAACUAUCCAGCUCCUUGUGAGGACAUGGUUCUAAAUGCCAGAUUUACUUGGGACAAUAGUCAACAAGGUCAAGAUGAAGCACAUAGUCAGUCAGAACCACAAGCUUCACUUGAUUGUGAGGUCAUUGAUGAUGAAGUUGUCAUAAUUUCCCCAAGGAUAUAUGCCCAAGCCAAGAAUAACUCCAGUAGAAACCUGGAGGUGCGGGAUGUGCCUGCUACCAAUACAGAACAGCAUAAUGGCCUUUCAGAUGUGGCUGCUCAAACACAUCUAAUUCCUCUUCAUUGCCACAAGCGUAGAAGAACUUUACGAAAUCAAGCAGUUUUAAAUUGGGAGCUUCACUUCAGCUCUGAUGAAGACAGUGAUGAAAACAAGACAAAGGAAGUGCCUAUUCCAGAACUUCCUCAGAGCACGCCACCUCCAGAGACACCCGCCUUCAGUUGCCCAAUAUGCUUGGGCCCGUUGAGUGAAGAGACAUCAACGAAGUGUGGUCACAUCUUCUGCAAGAUGUGUAUUGAAGCCUCAAUAAAAGUUCAGCACAAAUGCCCAACUUGUCGUAAAAGGCUUAGAAUGAAAGACACUAUAAGGGUCUACCUUCCUACCAAGUGAUUGCAGAGCGGUUAGGUACCACCAUGGGAAAAGGAAAAUUUUGGUGAAGAUUGCACAAGAUCUAUUGAUUACCCUAGACCUUAUUAUGUUUGUAAUAAGGGUCUUCAUGCUGUAUCGGGGCUGCUAGUUAUUGAACUAAGAGGUUAGCUAGCUCAGGCAUUUGUAAAGUUCAGAAUAUCUCAGUUUCCCAAACAUUCUAACAGUGGGCUUUGUCAAAAUGGUUCCUUUAUAACCCUCGUUAUGGCAUUUUGUUGUUUCUAUAUUGUGCUAGUAAAAUUCUUUGUUUCCUUGGAGGUUGAGGAAUAUUAAAUCCUAAUUGGACAAUGUAUUUUUUUAAAGAAUUUAUAAUAUCUGUUUUGGGUUAGUAGACAGCAGGCAGCAGUGUUUACUGAACCACAAUAGUAAGCAAAUGCUUCCAACAACCUCUGUUACUGCCUCUUGUAACCUUGUAACCUUGUUGCAUUUCUGAUAGAAAAAUAUACUUUGUAUUUGUGUUGAACUAUUAAAA